ACUACUACUUCAAUAGAAUGCGCAAAUAAGCAGCAGCUGCUAAUUUGCUCCUCCUCCUCGUCCGGUCUCUCCACUCGAGAGACCCAAAUCAGCUAUUCUCCAGGUGUAAGCCGAAUACAGCAGUGAUUCCUCAUCGCCCCUUAAUUGAAGAAUGUGCGAACCGCCGAUUCUUAGAUGCAGAACGAACUUAAAAGCCUCGUCCCCUGAGAACUGCCUUAACGCUAAAAGAAAUCAUGAUGCAAAACUUCAGUUGGGUUAUCUUGAUGAGCUCAAGGCUGAGGGUUCAUAUGAAUUUCAGGAAAAUUGUCAAAUUGGAGAACUUGGAAGGACAACUUCGUGCAAAAGAAAUGUUUCUAAACAUUCGUGUAGGUUUCAGCUUGAACAAGAUGUUCAAAGGCUCCAGCAAUUGUUGAAUGAGGAAAUGGAAUUGCAUGUUGUCCUUGAAAAUGCCCUGGAGCAUGCUGCUGUAACAUUGUCUGACUUGUCGUGCCUUCCAAAUGAUGCACAAGAAUUGUUGUCUAAUAUAGCCUCAUUGGAGAUGACUGUUUCCAGACUAGAAGAAGAGAUGAUUUCUUUGCAUUUUCAGCUUAUUCAAGAAAGAAAUGAAAGAAGACUUGCUGAGUAUCGACUAAAACAAUUGCCUUCACAACCAGUGAAAGUCUGCCCUUCUCAAAAUGUGAAAAAUGAUACGAUAGGCAGCAUGCUCGAUCAAGAAGAGAAGUUACCUGAGGAAAAUCUUCAGCAUGUACCAACUGAGAGUUUUAGAAAACAAAUCCCAGUCAAAGGAUUAUGGAACAACCCUAAUCAGUUGUCCGAGGAGAUAGUCCGCUGUAUGAAAAAUAUUUUCAUCUCACUAGCAGAUGUUUCUAUUGUAUCAUCCAGAUUGUCAUCAGAUAUCAUUCGCUUUCCUCUAUCUCCUGUGGGGCUUCUUUCAAAUUCAUCACAUUGUUCGAUAUCUGAAUCGUCAAUUUCAUCAUGGGCACACAGUCCUCGAGUGGGUCUACAAUGUAAUAAUGAUCUUUUAGCCAUGGGAACUACUUUUGAUCCUUACAGAGCUCAUGGAAAACUAUGUUGGGCUGAUAUUGGAAAUUAUAGUUUAGCAACUGAAGUCUCCUGGAUGUCAGUGGAGAAAAAGCAACUUGAAUAUGCUGCUGGUGCGCUAAGGCGAUUCAGAUCACUGAUUGAGCAACUAGCAGAAGUAAAUCCAGUCCACCUUAAGGGAGAUGAGAAGCUGGCAUUUUGGAUCAAUUUAUACAAUGCAUUAAUCAUGCACGCUUAUCUUGCCUAUGGCGUUCCACGGAGUGACAUGAAAUUAUUUUCUUUGAUGCAAAAGGCUGCAUAUACUGUUGGAGGGCACUCAUUUAGCGCUGCUUGCAUCGAGUACGGAAUACUAAAAAUGAAGCCACCAGUCCAUAGGCCUCAAACUGCUUUGUUUCUUGCCCUUCACAAGUUGAAGCUAUCAGAGGAGCAGAAAAAGUUCUCAAUUGAGACAUUCGAGCCACUCGUGACAUUUGCUCUAAGUUGUGGAUCAUAUUCUUCCCCUGCGGUAAAGAUCUACAGCCCUGCAAACGUGAAGGAGGAGUUACAAGAGGCUCAGCGUGACUACGUACGGGCCUCUGUUGGAGUCAGCAGCAAAGGGAAGCUUCUGGUUCCGAAGAUGCUUUACUGUUUUGCCAGAGGCAUCGUCGACGAUGCCAACCUAGCAAUUUGGAUCUCUCAGUUUCUCCCGCAGCAACAAGCAGCCUUUGUUCAGCAGUGCAUGUCGCAGAGACGGCAGAGGUUUCUUGGCUCCUGCAACUUCCGAGUUAUGGCCUUUGAUUCCCGGUUUCGCUACCUUUUCUUGCCUGAGAAAUUAACAUGACUCUGUGGUGCCAAUAGUAUCUUUUGAGCUUCUUACAUCUAUUAGAAGAUGGAUUUGGUACAGAAGAUUAGCAAAUAAUGAUAUGCUUUCUGCUGCUUCCAGGGCUAGUUACGAGGAUCAGUUUAAAUUAUUGUGAAUUACUUCGGCAAUUCUAAUGUAUUUGUCGAGUAAAAUGGUUGUCUUCUGCUUGUAGACUAUAUUGUAGAUGCGAGUGGAUUAUAUCAACCCGUAUAAAGUUGAAAACAGUG